UUGCGCAGGUGGGGUGUGGCAUAGCAGCCAGUAUCGCCGCGCCAUUGUCACGCAAACAGGAUUUUCACCUGUGCUGUUCACUUGUUCGGCGUGUGUUUUGCGAACAUAUCCAACUGACUCAGUGACUGUGUGGAGACGCAAUCUCGUAGCUUUGCCGUUUUGGUUGUUUUUAACGAUAUUCGAUAAUUAAUCUACUCUUAGAGCUGAUGUUGCCUGUGGUGUGACUGCAGUGCAACCGUGCGCACUACACACAACAAAUUUCGACGAAAAAAUCGGAUACUACCAUGAAGAUUCUGCUGUUGAUGACGGCGGUGGCUCUUCUGCUAAUACAAGCAUCAGUGACCGAUGCAAGGAUAGAAUUACAGGGUAGCAAGGAAUUCGCCAACGAGCGGGAAUGUCCGCCCGGCUGGGUCGACUUCCCUCAAGGCUUCACCUGCUACAAGUUCUCCGUCGCUCCACCGCUGGACUACCAACGCUCGGCCGAGCUGUGCCAGCGCUACAAUUCGCACCUCCUCUCCGUCGACAGCAAGAUGGAACACGACUUCAUCGCCGACUGGCUGUACAACAACGAUCCGCAGAAGAAGGAGUGGUACACGGGCGGGAGAGGCGGCGACCCGGACUGGCGCUGGGAGCAGUACCUCCUCCAGGUCCCUUUCUCCUUCAAGGACGGAUGGCUUCGCUACGAUGAACACGAGCCGCGAAACAACUUCGGCGACACGCUCAUCUACCGCUUCAAGACAGGCGCGUGGGGCUGGGACCGCGCCGACGCCAUCUACCAGCGACCGUUCAUCUGCGAGAUACGCAAGGUCGACCUCGACGAGAUGGACAUCGUGUACCGCGGCUACGACUACGGCGUCGUCGUGCGCGACCCCGAGCGCAUACCGCACGGCCCGCGAUUCAUCGAACAGCCGGACAACAUCAUCUACGACACGGAGUCCGUCGAGAAGUUCGUGACGCUCGUCUGCGCGGCCGACGCGUACCCGUACCCGACCUACAAGUGGUACAAGGACGACAGCCGCACGGAGAUCGAGAUCAACGUUCUGCAGGACCCGCGCUACACGCAGACGAACGGACAGCUGACGAUCCACAUGCCGGACCGCGACAAGGACUCCGGCGUCUACUACUGCGCGACGACGAACGACUUCGGCACGGUGUGGAGUUCGCGCAUCCAGCUCGAGUUUGGCUUCCUCAACGACUUCACGGCGGAUGAGCGGCAGCCCGUCGCCGCGUACCUCCACGUCGGCGCCGUCAUCGAGUGCCGCCCUCCGGCACACUUCCCUGACGUCAACUACUACUGGUUCAAGAACGCGUUGCCGGAGUUCGUGCCGCAGGGUCCCAACAUCUUCGCGUCGCAGAAGGGGAACCUCUACUUCAGCAAGGUGGUCGAGGCGGACCGCGCCGCCUACAUCUGUUUGGUGCAGAGCUCGGUGGCGACGUCCGGCGUCAACAGCGUCGGAAAGACGAGCCGAGACAUCCGGCUACAGGUGCGCACGAACAACGCGGCGACGGAGCGUGAGCCGCAGAUCGAGGUCGGCUUCCCGGCCAUCUUCCCCGGCGCGCCGCUAUUGGGCGACAACGUCCGCCUCGAGUGUUUCGCGCACGGCGACCCGAUCCCGCGCUACAACUGGACGCGUGUCGGCGGCCCGCUGCCGCCGAAGCAUUACAAGCUCAGCUACGACAAGGUGCUGGUCGUGCCGAACGUUCAGCCGAGCGACGAGGGCAUCUACGUCUGCGAGGCGUCGAACACGAAGGGCAAGAAGGAAGAGCGCGUUCUGCUGACGAUCGCGUCGCGGCCCAUCUACACUCUGCCGCUCGAGGACCUUCACGUCGACGUCGGCAGCACCGUCACGAUGACGUGCGAGGCGUUCGGCCGGCCGGAGGUCAGCUACCGCUGGCUGCGCAACGGCCAGGAGAUGAACCCGGCGACGGUGACCGACACACGCUUCUCGUUUGACCGCGUUGGCACGCUCGUGACGCUGACGGUGACGGGCGUGACGCCGCGCGACAGCGGCAUGUACCAGUGCGAGUCGCGCAACGUGCACGGCGUGCGGUACUCCUCCGCGCAGCUCCGCGUCCUCGCGCUCGCUCCCACCUUCGCCAAGCAUCCGCUCCCCAACAGCCUGUUCGGCGCCGUCAAGGGCAACCUGACGAUCUCGUGCGCGCCGGAGGCAGCGCCCUCGCCCGUCUACACAUGGAAGCAGAACGGACAGAGCUUCGCCGACGACGGCCGCCGCCGCAUCCUGCCGGACGGCACCCUGAUCGUGACGGACGUGCGUCGCUCGGACGAGGGUCAGUACGAGUGCGAGGCCGAGAACGCGUUGGGUAAGUCGAGCAGCCGCGCGAACGUCACCGUGCUGCCGGCGGCCAUCAUCAGCCGCGCGCCGGAGAACGCUCGCGUCCAGGUCGGCCAGAACCACAUGUUCGAGUGCGAGGCGUCCAUCGACUCGCUGCUCGACCUCGCCUACGUGUGGCUGCACAACGGGAUCCCGCUUGACCUCGAACACGACCUCCACUACGAGACGCGCAUCACCAACCGGCCGCCGGGAUACCUGCUCAUCAAGAACACGACCUUCAGCCAGGCGGGCGAGUACACGUGCGUCGUUAAGACGACGAUCGACGAGAUAGGACAGUCGGCGCGGCUGUUCGUCGAGGGGCCGCCGUCGGCGCCGAGCGGGGUCAGGGCGAGCGGGGUGACGCAGACGAGCGUGACGCUGCAGUGGAGCACGGGCGGCGACGGCGGGCACGCGAUCACUGGCUACGCGAUCGAGGCGAGCGACAACUACACCGACUCGUGGUUCAUCGUCAAGGAGAUCGCCGUGCGCGAGGACGAGCAGCGGCCCGACACGGACAUCGUCACGACGAUCGUCGACAACCUCUCGCCGUGGAACACGUACCAAUGCCGCGUGCGCGCCGUGAACGCCAUCGGCGUGAGCGUCCCCUCGGACGAGUCGUCGUCGUUCUUCACGCUGCCGGCCGCGCCCAACGUCGCGCCGUCCAACAUCGGCGGCGGCGGCGGCAAGAUCGGCGACCUGAAGAUCACGUGGACGCCGCUGACGAAGGACCUGUGGAACGCGCCGGGCAUCGGCUACAUCGUGCACUGGCGCAAGCUCGGUGUGCUGUCCGACUUUGAGAAGAAGCGCUUCGCGGAACAGCGCGGCCAGUACGUUCACCGCGUCGGCGAGGAGAACUUCUACCUCGAGUACGAGGUGCGGGUGCAGGCGUUCAAUGAGAUCGGCCUCGGCCCGAUGUCCAACGUGACGAUGAUCCUGUCGGCGGAGAACACGCCCGUCGUGACGCCGAUCGACAUGCAGGCGACGCCAUACAACUCGACGGCAAUCGAGGUCUACUGGACGCGCCUCGAUGACACGCGCGAGAACAUGCGCGGCCGCCUGCACGGAGUCCGCAUCGAGUACUGGAUGAAGGGCUCGCCCGAGGACGACUACGUCACGGCGAUCUUCCCCAACGCGUCGUCGCACGCCGUCAUCAUCGGCCUGCAGCCGAACACGCACUACCUCGUGCGCGUGAUGGCCUACAACUCGGCGGGCAACGGCGAGAAGAGCCAGGCGAUGCAGUCGUACACGUUCAAGGCUUCGCCGCUCACCGCGCCGACGGACGUGCGCGUCGCGACGCUCAACGACGAGAACCGCAUGCGCGUGACGUGGAACGGCAUCACGACGGGCCCGGACGAGGAGUCGCUCGAGGGAUACAAGAUCCGCAUCAUGCAAGCGCAUGAGAUCGACCCGACGAAGAACUUCGACUACAUCGUCGGACAGACGAACAGCUACAUCCUGACGGACCUACAGAGCGGCGUCGCUUUCCGGCUGCGAGUCCUCGGCUACAGUAACGGCGGCGACGGGAAGCAGAGCUCGGCCGUGCUCUUCCAGAUCACCGACCAGCAGUACGGCCACGCCGGGUACCGGCGGUCGGGCGCGCGCGCUCUCGCGGGAAGCUCGCUGCUGUUCUGCACAGUGUUCCUCAGCGCGGUUCUUUGCUGUUAAUGUUCUUGAGGGGUUCCUGUCGCGCAGGGAAUUCCUUGUCCACUCGUUUGGUUCACUGCCGUUGAUGUUCGCGACUCCCGUGCGAUCGAUCGCUCGAGGGAAUGCCGAACUGUUGUUCUAGCAUUGGGAGUUCCUCCCACAUGGUGUUAUUCAGUGUGGUUCAUCUGUGUUGUUCUCUGCUGUUAACGUUUACGUACAGUGUGAACGCCAUGCUGAUGUUCUCUUGCAUGCAGAAUUCUCUGUGUUGUGUUCCUUUGCUCGGUUUUUUGCUUGAGGAACGUUAUACCAUGGAGGGAAGGAAUGAGUGUUGUUGUGGCAGGGAACAACAGUAGGAAGUGUACAUUCCAUGUAAGGCCUAAGAUAAAAUAUUGCUUGUUUCCCCUUUACCGACCGACUCGCCAAAACGCCGCUACUCAACACAUUUUAUUGGCCGAUUAAAACAAAACAAAAGU